UUAUAGUCGAGUACCCACUCCACUCCGUAUAAAGAAAUGACUAGUUAAUACUCCAUGGAGCAUCAUAUAUCUAAUGUAAAAUUAUUAUUAGUAAAGAUAGAGAAGAGAUGAAGGUUUUUGCGUUGUUGUUGUUGUUGGUGGUGGUGCAAGACGUGAAUAGUGAAGAUUCAUGUACCUCCAGUCUUAACCUAAAAAACAAACCUCUCUUUGAUAUUUCUUCAUUUCAUUGUGUUUCAGUAUGGGAUGAACAAGGGUAUAUACUGAGAUAUCUGCAGACGGAUAGAAAAGUAUGGAGUUUCGUUAUAUCAGCACCAAAUAGCAAUUCAUUCAUAGGGAUGGGUUUUUCAAAAGAUGGGAAAAUGGUGGGUUCGAGUGCAAUUGUUGGAUGGGUAAGCAACGAUGGGUCUUCCACCAUGAAAAGGUAUUUUCUAGGUGGAGAAUCAUCGGCGGAGGUUGUGCCAGACCAAGGGAAUCUUCAAUUGGUGAAUAUGACAUCUUCCAUUAUAGCUCAGAAUUCAACGAUUUAUAUGGCUUUUCAAUUGAACACGCAAGUCACACCCACAAAUCGACUAAUUUACUCCCUCGGUCCUAUGGGACGCCUACCUUCUCCCGUCAAUUAUCAAUUGUCACAACAUCGUGCACAUAUCUCCACCUUCUUCGAUUAUAACUCAGGUGAAAGUAAAUCAAAGAGCCCUUAUGGAAAUCUUAGGAGAAGUCAUGGAGUGUUGAAUAUGUUGAGCUGGGGUAUUUUGAUACCAAUUGGGGUCAUGGUUGCUAGAUACUUUAGGCAAUAUGAUCCAAUAUGGUUUUAUUCUCACACAACUAUUCAAUCACUUGCCUUUCUCCUUGGAUUUGUUGGUAUUGUAUGUGGUUUCGUUCUUGAAGAUCGUCUUAGCGCUCAUGUUGAUAAACACAAAGCACUUGGCAUCUUCAUUCUUGUUCUUGCUUGUUUGCAGGUGAUUGCAUUUUUGGUUCGACCAGGAAAGGAAUCAAAAGUAAGAAAAUAUUGGAAUUGGUAUCAUUACACACUGGGAAGGAUUUUGAUAAUAUUGGCAGCAGCAAAUAUUUUCUACGGAAUCCAUUUAGGAGGUGCAGGCACUGCUUGGAAUGUUGGUUUUGCUGUUACCCUCGUUGCAUUCUUCAGCAUUUCUAUCGUUCUAGAAAUAAGGUUGUGGAUGACAAAAUAAAUUAUUCUUCUUCAUAUUUCUCCAACAAAUUAAACUUAUAUAUAUAUAUAUAUAUAUUCAACCAAACAAAUGUUUCUAAUUCUUCCUAA